ACAGGGCUGAGUGCUGUCUCAUCAGCUGCUGGACGUCAGUACUAUUUUGUUUAUGACAGGAAGAACUUUACUGAAGCCCAAAGAUACUGCAGAGAGAAAGACGGAGACCUGGCCACUGUAGACAACAUGGAGGUUAUGAAGAUCCUGAACAACACGGCAAAUUUAGACAACAUGUUCUACUCCAACAACAGCUACAGAGCCUGGAUAGGACUGUCCCGUGGCAGCUGGAGGUGGUCACUGUCAGACACAAGUUUCUACAAACCCGGGGAGACGGAGUUCAGACGAUGGGGGCCUGGAGAACCAGACGCUGGAUACAGUGAAAAAGCCUGCAUAGCGAUGUUUUCUGAUGGACUCUGGUACGACAACCUCAGUUGUGACAACAGCCGUUAUGCAGUCUGUGCAGAUGUCAGAGGGUCAGAUGUGACUUUUGUCUUCAUCACCACCUCUAUGACAUGGACUGCAGCCCAGAACUACUGCAGAGCUCACCACACAGACCUGGCCAGUGUGAGAAACAUGACAGAGAACCAGAAGGUACAGGAGAUGAUACCUGGAGGAAACUGGGUCUGGAUCGGCCUUUUCAGAGACUCCUGGAAGUGGUCAGAUGGAAGUACCUCCUCAUUCAGCUUCUGGAAGAACGGGCAACCUGAUAACAAGAACGAGACUUGUGUGGCUGCAGACUUCAGCCAAUCAGGAGCCUGGGAGGACUGGCCCUGUGACAUGGAGAGAGCGUUCAUUUGCUACGGUCCAGUGGUGUCAAAGAAAGUGGUGAAAGUGAAGUUUGAGAACAAGAAGAAUCUGGAUCUGAAUGACCCUGCUGUGAUGGAGGCCAUGUUGAAGCAGCUGAAACAGAAGCUGAGGGACCAGGGGCUGGACGACAACAUCAAACUGAGCUGGAGGAAGCAGGCCGAUGGAAAAGUCUUCCACAAGGAAGACAAGAAGACAAACAAGAGGAGGAGGAAGAGGGAUGAGCUGUAAUGUUGAGUUGCUGCGUCUGUUUUCAUCAGAGAAAAGUCUGUUUCUUUCCUCAAAGAUGUGACGGAGCAGAAUAGAGCUGCAACAAUCAGCUGAUUCAGAGACAUUUCUGUAUUUUCUUUUUCAACCUGAACCCUAUUUUCC